CUUAAAAGGCUGUGGCUGUGGCCACGGGGCUCCACGCACUAGCUCACCUUGGCCAUGAGCAGCGCGGCCCGCCCGGAUCCAGCGGAGGCGCCCGAGGAGCGGCGUUUCCUCAGCACUGCGGAGGCGGCCGCCCUGGAGCGCGAGUUACUGGAGGAUUACCGCUUUGGGCGGCAGCAGCUGGUGGAGUUGUGUGGCCAUGCUAGUGCUGUGGCUGUGACCAAGGUGUUCCCCUUGCCUACUCUCUCCCGGAAGCAGAGGACAGUGCUGGUCGUGUGUGGCCCGGAGCAGAACGGGGCGGUAGGGCUGGUCUGUGCGCGGCACCUGCGGAUGUUUGAGUAUGAACCGACCAUCUUCUACCCUACACGGUCACUGGAUGGGCUGCACCAGGACCUGACCACUCAGUGUGAGAAGAUGGACAUCCCCUUUCUGUCCUAUUUGCCCACGGAGGUCCAGCUCAUCAACGAUGCCUACGGGCUGGUGGUGGACGCCGUGCUGGGCCCUGGCGUGCAGCCAGGAGAGAUCGGGGGUCCCUGCACACGGGCGCUGGCCACACUCAAGCUGCUGUCCAUCCCCCUUGUGAGCCUGGACAUUCCCUCAGGCAUGCCAGGCUGGGACGCGGAGACCGGCGGCGGCGACAGCGAGGAUGGGCUCCGGCCCGACGUGCUGGUAUCGCUCGCCGCGCCCAAGCCCUGCGCCGGCCGCUUCUCCGGCCGCCACCACUUCGUGGCCGGCAGGUUCGUGCCCGACGACGUGCGCCGAAAGUUCGCUCUGCGCCUGCCGGGAUACACGGGCACCGACUGCGUCGCGGCGCUGUGACCGCGCCCGCACCCUGGCGGCUUGGACCCGCGCCAAUAAACAGACGUCCCACCACC